AUGGAGAAAGUGGUAUGUGCGCAGUACCGCUUCCGCGUCGGUAGCAAUGACUGCGGCACUUCACGUUUCACAGAAUAUCAAUAUGUACACGAACUCUUUGGAUGUGGUACUAGUUUAAUGUUUUUCUGCAUUAAGAAUUUAUCAUUUGGAACAAUGAUGAUUACUGACGCAGACAGAGAAAUUGUCAAAUCUACUGUACCACUUUUGCGGGAAAAUGCAAAAGAGAUUGCAUCAACAUUUUACCGAGAUCUAUUUAAAGCUCAUCCAGCAUUAUUGAAUACAUUCAAUCAAACAAACAUGAAGAUCGGUGCUCAACCCUUAGCAUUGGCAAAUGCAAUUUAUUUAGCUGCAGAAAAUAUCGACCACUUAGAUGUACUUAUGCCAUGGAUAUAUACCAUCGGUUAUAAACAUCGGGCUAUGAUGGUCAAGCCAAUUCACUAUAAAGUUGUUGGCCAUUUUUUGCUCAAUGCGAUUGCUAAAACUUUGGAUGACAAAGCCACACCUGAAGUUUUAAAUGCCUGGUCAAUUGCCUAUAGUACUAUUGCUUCAGUAUUUAUUGAUGUAGAGAAGGAAUUAUAUGCUGAUCUCGGCGAUGACGGACAAAAGAGUUUUAUUCCAUUGAAAAUUGUUAAAAAAGAACUGAUCGCCGAUGAAACAAUUACUGCCUUAGCCUUGGAACGGUGCGAUGGUAGAGCAAUAUGCCCUUACCUUGCUGGGCAAUAUUUAACUCUGCGUGUUCAAAAAGAGGGCCAUUUUCACAAUCGACAUUAUAGUCUCACACAUCCAUUCAAUGGUAAAACAUACAAUGUGGCCAUUAAACAAGAAAAAGAUGAGCAGCCACUAGGUGUCGUUUCUAAUGAGAUAGCUGAGAAUUUUUUUGAAGGUGACACAAUAUUGGCUUCACUUCCAGCGGGUAAUUUUGUUUUAGUUAAUGACGCAAAUCAUUAUCUAUUCAUUGCUGGAGGUAUCGGUAUUACCGCACUUCUUGCAAUGAUUAAGGACCUGAAAAAUAAAGGCAAAUUAGAUUUAGUCACUCUUAUUUAUUACGUGUCGAAAAAAGGUCAAGGUGCUUCCAUCGAAGAAAUACAAUCUCUUCUCGACAAAGAUCAAUACAUUCCACUGGAUAAGAGCAAUCCUCUGACAAAAGAUCUUCUUCAAAGCAAACUGACUUCAGGUACUCAAGUCUAUAUGUGCGGUUCCCCAUCAUUUCUGAACACCGCCAGAACAUAUCUGUCAGAAUGUAACCAUCCAGAAUCUCAAGUACAUUUUGAAACAUUCCAACCAAGAUUAUCUCUUCUAAAAAACGCAGCUAACAAUAAGUCGAAGACUCGAGUAUUAUGA